UGCUGAUUCACAAAGAACAUAAAUGCUAUAAUAUUGGCAGAUUCUUUUUCAGAAGUUCUUUAGAAAAUAUCCCUAGAAAGUGUUACUUUCUACUAGAUCCUUUACCGAAUUGCUCCAACAAGGAAGUAGUCCCAAGCAUGAAUACUCUGCUUCUGUUUAUGAGUGUGCUAGGUAUAUCCUUUGCUUCUCCAAUCAAAAGAAGCAUACAUUUACUUGGAAGUGGCUAUGCGGAAAAUGUUGCCAAUGUUAAUGCCAUUAAUGCAAACACAGAAAACUUAAGCAAUGGCUCUGGGAAUGCUGGGAGGAACCAACAGAAUGGCAAGAAUGAAAACAAUGAGCACCCAGAAGGAGCAAAAUUCAGUAAUUAUACACGAGGACCCAAUCAAACUGGAGAGGUGUCUGCAAUUGAUAUUAACAAUCCCCAGGGGGCUUAUGAGGAUAAACCCAAUAAUCAACCAGUCCCUGAGGACCCUGCUAAUACCGAAGGAACACAAAACACUGAUCAAAAUGCUGAGCUUCGCACAGGGAAAGGAAUUUAUCAUCCUCGUUUAGACCUUCAUGUGAACACAAACCGCACCAGUGAACACAAUUCAUCUGAACAUUUGCCAGGGAAAAACAGUGUUUAUGGUUCGGCAUGGGCAGAAAAGGGUUCUGCACCUGAGGAUGCAGAGCUCUCCACUGACAAACAAGAUGCCAUAGAAGCCCACAAUGACAGUGGCUUUAAUGUAGGGGAAAAGGAUGAGGAUAUGGAUAAUGGCCACCAUCAUUCAGACAACUGUUGUUUUAACGAUGAAGGCAUGCAAAGGGUUGAUCCAGGUAAUGCUGGUGAUAGUGCUGACUCUAACUCUAGUCAGCAGGAAGAAAGCAAUAGCAACUCUGCACAAUCCACUCCAAAACACUGCAAGAGUAUCCCCAGUGAAUCAAGGAGUAAAUCUGCUCAUCAGAAUACUAGUGUCACCAGUGAUUCCAUCAGCCUCAGUGCCGCUAGCUCCUUCAGCGACCCCAGUGCCUCAAGUGACACCAGCGACUCCAGUGCCUCCACUGAUUCCAGUGAUUCCAGUGCCUCAAGUGACCCUAGUGCCUCAAGUGACUCCAGCGACCCCAGUGCCUCAAGUGACUCCAAUAAUUCCAGAGAAUCCAGCAGCUUCAGUAAUUCCAGUGAAUCCAAUGAAACAAGAUAGUAAAGUUCAAUAAGUCAAUAGUGACAUUCCAAAGGCAUCAGAUACCAGUCGCUGGCAAAACAGAGAAAAAGGCAAUAGCCUACAAACAGGUAUCAGUGAAAAUAAUUCCAAAUGAUUCAAGUAAGUAAAACUAAAUUGGUAAAUGGUAACAACCACAGCGGAAAAGAUACUCCUCCAAUAGUAUCCCAGAAUAAGUACUGUAGCUCUCUAGAGGACUCUACAUAAUUUGCUUUGGUGGUUGCCUAAUUUCAUUAGUGUUAAAGCUUUUUAUAAUGAAAGAGAAUAUUGUGUUGCAUUAACAAGCAUAUUUGCCUUCUCCCUUUGCAGCCUGUGGUUCAAAUUCUGUUUUCACUGACACCUGUGCAACCCCAAUGACUUGGGUGUCACUUGGAGAUGAAUUUGUUUCAAAUUCAAAUCGUUCCAGAAUGUUUCAAUGACAUUGUGUAACUGUGCCUUGUAGCCUAGCACUGCAGAAUCUUAGCGUAAUUUAAUAUUUCAAAUUUUCUUUACACAUUUGUAAUUUCUUAAUCAGAACUACAAGAAAGAUUGCUGUUUACCAUGCUGUGUCAAAGACAUUUCCCACUGCUGCCUUGUAUCACUGUUAUCUGUAAUCUAUUCAUUCUCUCCAGCUACUCUUCAGCCUUAUCUAUUUGCUGUAGUACUAGAACGUCCCAGGGUGAUGUGCAUUAGAAAGAAAGGGGUGGUUUGGUGGAAUACGUGAAUUUAGCAGGUAGCACCAGUCCAGUCUCUACUGAGUCUAUCACAUGACAGAAAGCACAUGUGGUACUAAGUGAUACGCUUGUUGGUGUAAUGAUCACAACAUUCUCUGCUGUAGUUGGCCUUUAUCGGUCAUAAUUGAGGCAUAUUAGUGGAGCAACAUUGGAGGGACUGCAGUACUGAGGUGGCAGAGGAAGUUUGGUCUCUAAUAUAAUAGUUCUCCAUAGUCCUAUUACAGAUAGUCUUACAAAUGAUGUUUAACUAAAUGUAUAGGCAGUUAGAUCUUGGAGAAAGGCUUGUUCUUACAUUGUGCUGCCAUUCUUUUUUAGAAAUUGUGAGUAUUACCAGUAAAAUUGCCUUCUUCUAAUGGACUCUUGCUGACUAGACAUUUACUUAGGUGCACAGUUGCUGUCUUCAGGAUAUACCCCCACAAAAAAAUGGAAAUCAUUACAAGGUCAGGAAAACACCACAUUAAAAAAGCUGUCAAUCUGGCAUCUUUACAAACAGCUACCACUGACGUCAGUGAGGAUUGAGGAUGCUCCGAACCUCUGGAAAUCAGGCCAGUGGUCCCUGCCCCAAAAGUCUUAAAAUCUAAUUAGACAUCAGGCAGACAGUGACUGACAGAUAAUUUGUGACAGUAACAAAUAACAGAGGUAACAGUGGAGAGGGAAAGAAAACAGUGAAAGGAACAAGAUCACAUGGUUACUCAUCUACAGUACAUGUAUUCCUUGGCAGGUCCAUUUAAGUUAAUUUGGUUAUGGUGGAUUAACUCAUUUGCUGUAGGCAUUUCUAUAAAUGAUGGGGGAGAUUGUGAUUGUCUUAUUCACACAAGUGAACAGUUCUUCAUGGGACUUCUGUGAAACUACUGAAAUGAGUCACUGCUUGCUACCGUUAUUGAACUGGAUUUAAUUCUAUAGCCUAUGCUAUAUAGCAUGUCAGACUUAGAUAAUCACAACCUUAAAUUCCAUGAGGCUGUGACAGUUUAUAACAGCUCAAGAUCAGCCCCUUUGAAUUUGAGUAAGGGGACCACAAUCUGCCCCUAUAUUUGUAAAGACCACCAUGAAAAAGGUGAAAGAUCUGUAGUGUAUAUUAAAAAAGAUGAUUAUAAUAAACAAACCACCCUCUUUCACUUUCAUGAGUACUUUUGUUUUUCUUUUCUUAUUUCUGGAAUUGUGGUUUCCUUUCAGAAUAGCUCUAGGGUGUGGAAACACAAGCAUAUAACAGAGCUAGUGGCUUAAGGCUGUCAAAAUGACAAUCACUGCCUUGACCUGCCAUGAGGCACAAAGAACAAAAAUUCAUUCUUCUUUCACCAUGCUACAAAAAUAAUAAUUAAAACUCUACAUACAAACUGUGUCCCCAGAAACAAUACCAUAGAUUUAGCUUUAGAAAUCUUUGGCAAUUAAAAAAAAUACCAUGCCACUGCUCUGCCAAGUUUAUCAAUUCCAGACACUAACAUUUAUAGUGCUGGCAAUAAUUUUCAGCCACCUUUCAAGCACCAAACAUUGAGAUUAGUGGAGAGACCAGCUGCCACUAAAUAAAGCAUGGGGCUUUUGGGUGUUGCUAACUCCAGUUUCAGAGUAGCACCAAUAUCUGAAUGGAGUGACCUUUCCGCUCUCCCCACAAAAUUAGCAGGGUUGGUUUUGAAAAGCAAUGAUUUACUAUGGUUUGGUUUCAUAUAGGAGUAAUCUACCAAGCUUCAUGUUCCUUCUUUGGGCUACAUGAAGGACAUGCCUCCAAAGAAGCAUCUUGAGUAUUUUUUUCCCCACUUCCCUCCCUAAUUUUCUCACUAAAAUGUUUAAUCAGCAAAAAUACAAUGUAUUUAUAGAUAAGAAAACAGAAAUGGAAAAAUACAGUUUAAAUUCAUGUAUACUGCGCCAUGAACAUGGCCGGAUAUUAUUUUAAAAUAUAUUUUUACACUUUCUUACUCCCGAAAACAUUUUUCUAGUUACACAUGUAUGUUUUCUAUUGCUAGGGUUAGUCACCUUAGUAAAUCACCAAAUGGGGUUUCAAUGGUGGGCAAAUGUUUGAAGAAGAGAAAAUGAACUCUCACUAUGAAUAGGGGAGAAUCACUUCUUAUAUGAACCUUGUGAUUUCUAUGUACUCAAGGGAGGGAGCAGGGUUUGGAUUUUUAGAACCACUCAACUCUGAUCUAACUCUGCUCCCAUUAAAGUCAAUGUAAGAUUUUUUCUUUUUCUUUUUUCUACUUCAAUGGGAACAGAGUUAGGCCAACACCAAGCACUCGAAAAUCCCACUCUGUGCUUUUAUGAUGUCUGUUAACUAACGAUGGGCAAGGAUAUGGUAACAAUUUUUAUUAGGGAGGCUCUUCUGAUCUAUAAUACUUCACAUAAAUUAGCCCAUUGUUACGGAUGAUCUUUUAUGCUACCCAGGCUUCUGCAUUAUACCCAAUAUUUCAUCAGUAAAUUACUGUUGGAUCUGGUGAAGUUAAUCACUGCUAAUAACAUGCACUAACAAAUUUAGUCCUCUUUAAUGUUUGUAAAUUCUUAACAAACCGAUUCUUAUAUUCUGCUGCUAUGUUAUUUAUAAGUAUUCACCCAGAUAGUUAGAUAAACAAUUGUUCACUUAAGAGUUUUUCCACAAACUAUUCAAUUUAACUAUUUGUUAUUCAUGGUAGGUCACCUAAAUGAUGGUAUUGUUUCUGCUCCUUGACUGGUUGACAAACAUUUUAAACAGGAGAACAAAUAAUAUUCUUGUUCACAUAUGAAUACUCUUGUCUGCAUGCAAAUAUCAUAAUACUAUUCAUAAUAAGGGCAGCCAAUCCCCAAACACGGGUGUGAAGAAAAAUAUCAUCAUACAAAUGUUCGCAAAUUGUGAACAACAAGGGGCACUGUACAACUGCGUAGAAUUCAAAGUGUUUCUGAAACCCUAUUUUGCAGUGUUUGGUCAGCUCUAAAAAUGAAACCUGCUGGGAAAACUGGAGAAGGUGGAAUGAUGCAUUACACUUCACUAUACUAACUUUACUAGGGGUGCUUUCUCUUUCAUUUCCUAGCCAAUGAGCGGGGACGGCUCCAGGCACCAGCACGCCAAGCGCGUGCCUGAGACGGCAAGCCACGGGGGGUGCUCUGCCGGUCACCGCGAGGGUGGCAGGCAGAUUGCCUUCGGCUGCAUGCCUGCGGAGGGUCCUCUGGUCCCACGGCUUCAGCGGACCUCCCGCAGGCGUGCUGCUGAAUCCGUGGGACUGGGGACCUCCCGCAGGCAAGCCGCCGAAGGCAGCCUGCCUGCCGUGCUUGGGGCAGCAAAAUACCUAGAGCUGCCCCUGCCAAUGAGAUACACUUAGAGAGCCAAAGUGUUAAGUGUGACUCCCACUGCCUCUUAGUAAUGCUGCAUGUACAAUAGGCACUUGGGCUGGCACUUACCCCUGGCAUGAAUUAUUAAGGACAAUUACUUGGUUGUUAGUGUGAGUUUAGAAUCUCCAGACAAUUUUCUCUGAGCCCAGAAUAAGCUGUAUCUAAAAUGGAAGAGGGUAUUUAAGGUAUUAGUUUUUAUUUUACAUAUAUCAGUGCUCUUUGCUGGAAUAUAACUGAUACACUAACGAAUAACUCAUAGGAACUUGUAGUGAUGGAGCUGAGGAUACUAAUUUUGAAUACUGCUGAUGCCACCAAUAUACAGUUGGCAGCUGUCUAUCGUGCAUGCAUGUUUGUAGCCAUGGAUCAUUACAUACUGUUGGAAGUCUGCUCUUGCCUUAGCCAUGCUUAAAGGAGAAUGCCUCUGACGAUAAGGAAAUAAUUGAGCAACAGGGCACGAUGUGUGACCUGGAGGAUUUAGGGGGAGACGUUCAAAUGCGAUGGUGCAAGAAGGAUCUCCAAAAUCAUAUUUGGGAGGACUAAGAAGAAAAUCUUCAAAUCAGGUCUAUACAGUCUCAGAAAGAAGUUCAUGCUCUUCUACUCUUCCAUUCUCUGUUGCUCAUGUAUAAGAUUUUAUAUUUCAUUCUGCAUUGCUCACAUAAAGAUUUUGUAUAGCAAUGGGACCAACCGUCAACACAAACAUCCAGAUUCAGUUUCCAAACCCAUCCAAGUUUGGAUCAAAUAAUCAAGUGUGCUAAAAUUUUUUGAAACUUUCACCAGUGGCUAGGUGAGUCCUCACAAAUAAAAUUUAUGUCCAGAGCUGGUGUGAUAGUGUGUGGGGGGGGGGCGGGAACAGCACCCAAAAACCCACUGAAGAAUAUUUUUGCAAACUAAAAGUGCUGAUGGGUAUUAUAAGGAUGAAGUCAUUAAUGGUUGUGAGGUGCGUAGUAUUAAAUUGAGGGGGACAGAUACAGUAUUAGAACUGGUUAUUUGUCCUGGAAGUGCUUUAUUUGUUAUUCCCCUGUUUCAAGGUUCCAGUCAUCUACUUAGGGAGCAGAAACAAUCCUAUGCACCUUAAGUGACCAACCCCAACGAACAACUAUUGAACAGCAAAUAAUCUCACCAACGUCCCAAAAGCAAUACAUUUUCUUCCAAACUAUUUAGCAAAUAGUUAUGAACAAUUAAUACAUUUAAAAGACAAUUAGGAUGAGUGCACAAACAAUUUAGUAACCAAAAUAAAAAGACCAAGUUUAUAACAAAUAUGCUUCAUGGCAAAUAGUGAGAGCAACGUUAAGCAUGAGCAAAAACGAGAAGUCCUUGUGGCACCUUAGAGACAUACACAUUUAUUUGGGUUAAACAUGAGGCUGCUAGUCACAGUACACAGAACCUGGUGUUUUGGGACCAUAUUGUGUCACUGAUUUUCAUUCAGAACUAAGAUGGUACAACAUUGUCAUUCAUCUCCAAAAAUAUUCACAGAUUAUUUUUUCUCUGUUCAACCAGCUCUACCCAGCAUCAAGCUUCUUUUAACUACAGUGCAGGGGGUUGCAGGAGCACUAGCUGUAGGCUUGAAGGAGGGCUCCUCACAAGUUAAAAAUGGUCUUGCUUCUGGGAAUGAUGCCCCAGCAGCACAGUGGUUUGGCAUAUCCUUGGGUACAUGGAUAUUUUUGUGCUGGCUCAUUUCUAGCUCUCACAUGAAAAACAUUCUUCUCUGACAUUGUGAGUUUCUUACAUUGUCAAUUGAAUCUGUCAAUAUAGAGUACGUAUAAACACAAAGGCUAUAUAUUUUUCUGUUUUAAAGGGUCUCCUUUACUUCCCCACUUCCAAGGAAAAAUUCUUUUCUAAUAAAUCAUUGUAUUAAAAUGAAUGAUUUUGUUGAUUAAUGAUGUUCCCCACCAAUCUAUACACAUCUAUAACUGGAGUAUUUAAUGUGUAUGUUCAAAGUAUUACUUGCAACUGGGAUAUGUA